AUGCUUUCAUUCUCACCUUCAUUUGUUCUCUCUCUCGUUCUCACUUUUAUAUUCCCUCACUUGUUCUCCCCCCUCUCUCUCUCUUGCUCAAUUUUACUCUCUCUCUCUCAGCCUUUCACCUCUAUUUUUCAUACACUCUUUUCUUUCUGCUAUUUUUUUUUAUCUUUCUUCACUUUUGUACUUAUCUCUUGCUUUUGUUCAAUCUUUCUGUUUCUCCACUUUUACUCACACUCUCUUUGUUUCUCCACUUUUACUCACACUCUCUUUGUUGCUUCUCUUUUGGUCUCUCUCUUUGUUGCUUCUCUUUUGGUCUCUCUCUUUGUUGCUUCUCUUUUGGUCUCUCUCUUUGUUGCUUCUCUUUUGGUCUCUCUCUUUGUUGCUUCUCUUUUGGUCUCUCUCUUUGUUGCUUCUCUUUUGGUCUCUCCUUUGUUGCUUCUCUUUUGGUCUCUCUCUUUGUUGCUUCUCUUUGGUCUCUCUUUGUUGCUUCUUUUUGGUCUCUCUCUUUGUUGCUUCUCUUUUGGUCUCUCUCUUUGUUGCUUCUCUUUUGGUCUCUCUCUUUGUUGCUUCUCUUUGGUCUCUCUCUUUGUUGCUUUUUUUGGUCUCUCUCUUUGUUGCUUCUCUUUUGGUCUCUCUCUUUGUUGCUUCUCUUUUGGUCUCUCUCUUUGUUGCUUCUCUUUUGGUCUCUCUCUUUGUUGCUUCUCUUUUGGUCUCUCUCUUUGUUGCUUCUCUUUUGGUCUCUCUCUUUGUUGCUUCUCUUUUGGUCUCUCUUUUGUUGUUGCUUCUCUUUUGGUCUCUUUUGGUCUCUUUUUGUUGCUUCUCUUUUGGUCUCUCUCUCUCUUUGUUGCUUCUCUUUUGGUCUCUCUUUUGUUGCUUCUCUUUUGGUCUCUCUCUUUGUUGCUUCUCUUUGGUCUCUUUUUGUUGCUUCUCUUUUGUCUCUCUCUUUGUUGCUUCUCUUUGGUCUCUCUCUUUGUUGCUUCUCUUUGGUCUCUCCUUUGUUGCUUCUCUUUUGGUCUCUCCUUUUGUUGCUUCUCUUUGGUCUCUCCCUUUGUUGCUUCUCUUUUGGUCUCUCUCUUUGUUGCUUCUCUUUUGGUCUCUCUCUUUGUUGCUUCUCUUUUGGUCUCUCUCUUUGUUGCUUCUCUUUUGGUCUCUCUCUUUGUUGCUUCUCUUUUGGUCUCUCUCUUUGUUGCUUCUCUUUUGGUCUCUCUCUUUGUUGCUUCUCUUUUGUUCAUGUGA